UUGCAAUCUAUGAGAUGAUUGGUAAAUGGUAAUCUUCAUUUUCAUGGAGUUGGUGGGUGGUUUUAUGUUAGGAUGGGAUGGGAUUUCAUGUGGAUGUGUUUGCUUGGUGAGUUUUGACCACAAUUCCAGGUCCUCGUCUUUUGGCUAACCAAACAUCCUUUGAAACUAACCAACAACCAACUCCCCUAAAAUUAGGAAGAGAAAGAGACAACAAUUCAAGUAUAUAAGUUCUUUAUUAUCACAUCCAAAAAGCUCAAAUUAAAUAAAUCACAAUCAUCUUCAAUAGUUCCAUUUUUUGGGUCCGAGUGAAAUUCAACAUGAACAACCAAGCCAUUAAGGAGAAGGAGGAGAGUAAGAAUUCACUGAAUGCAAUGGAAACAAGGGUUGACACGGUGGAUUACAGGUCUUCAACAGGGCAAGGCCUAGAGCAGAGGAACGUGCAGGUGAUUCACCAACCCCAUUCCUCUGGAAAUUCAACCACUGGUGGUGGCGUCUUGGCCAGUACUGCUGCUACUGUUGCAUCUACCCUUCAAUCCGCCAAGGAAAUCUACUCAGGAAAAUAGCAGCACAUAUCUCCCGUGUAACAAACGAUAUAAAAAAACAAACCCAUAUCUAUGAUGUUUUGUUAUGUCUCAUUUUGUUUCAGUUUUUUGCUUAGCAACUGUACUAUGGGCGGGACAUUGAGAUGUCAUUGAUCGGAUUCUUUUUCUACCUUCAAUCUGAUUACGGAGCCUUGUAUAUGCAUCUCUACUAUCUAGUUUGAUAAAAUACCAUUCUUCAUUAUGAA